AUGAAGGUCACCAAGAAAGACCCGGAUAUGCUGAAUGGCAAAAAGCAAAGCCCAGUGCCGGAUGCAAAAAAUGAGAUACUUCCAGCAUACAAGGAAGAACCUGUCGAGCCAGUCAUUCUUGACAUACCCCCUCUCACAUUCGUAGAGCCAGGUCCGUCGGCAACUACCACGGUCAGCAGAGACCAGUGCAUCUUGCACCUCAAACUGCUGGCUGCAUUCGCCGAGCUACGGGCCGCGAUCUCCAGCGAUGACGGCUUAUUUGGGAUUUAUGACGAACAGGCAAAUAGGUUUGUGGAGGAGCAGUUCAAGAUCCGCGCCCUCGCUCGGAUCAGAGAGAAGCGAUGGGCAAUCUACACUUCGAGAGCGGUAGAUCGCUAUACGGACUGGUGGUUCAACAGCGUUUUGUCGACGGGCAAACCCACCACUGUCGCGGAUAUGCUUUACUCGAAAUAUUCUCUUAUCACCAAAAAAAUGCCGUCUCUGAAUUGGGAAGCGAAAAACCUCCCUCCUUUAGACGUUCUUAUGGUCUGGCAUGCUCAUAUGCUCAACCCGCGGGCAUAUCUUGAAGACUGCAUUCGAGGCGCAAAAAUGCAAUUUUGGUCUACAGAGUUUCCUUAUAAAUUGCUUGACCAAGCCAUAGACAACAAGACGUUCAUUUACAACCCCGGUCAGGAAGCGAGGCAUUUAUUCCAGAAGCAAACCAAGCACUGCUGGGAUAAUCUAGACGAGCCACCUGAGAAGACCUUGACAUGUCUAAAGUGCUCGCGGCCUAUCACGAUCCCCUGGACUCGCGGAGAACUAGGCUCAAGUCUAGACACAGCAUUUGAAAAAUCAACUGGAUAUUCGGAUAAGAAUUUUGAGGAAUAUUGCAAAUCCUGUGGCCUUAGACAUGACCACCAAGCCCUUCGAGUCGCCAGAUUUCAUCAAGAUGCUCUAGCACUAGUGCAAAAGGACCGCCCGAUGCCCGGCACAUUUUUCAACCUCGAAGGCAUCCCAGUCGCCGGCAUCAGCUCGGAAAACUUCUCUUUCCCUUCUGCCAUGGUAUCAGCUGCUAGGUCUGAACUAGUGGAUUCUACUGAACCUGGCAGAAACAUUAAUAACAUGACGGUCCUCCGAAGUCUAAUAGAAAGCAUCAUGAGAGAUAAAAAAAUAAUUACGCAGGCGAACGGAGCGCGGAGAAGCCCGCUACGAAAGGAGCAGAGAAUUGCAAUUCGUCGAAUGAUGUCUCACUAUUGGGAAAACAGCUCGGUGUUUGGCUUAGACCUAGUCGGAGCGGUUAUUCGCCAGGGAACAUUCGUGCAGAAAAUGGACGAUAUCGAUUGGAUCCAUUCCCCAGCGCUCCUGGCCACAAUGGAUCGGCUGAUUCGCAAGUACGGUAUCUUCUUUGAUAUCAUGGUCAGCAAUCCAAAGCACAUGUCCGUGCCAACGCUCGACGUAGACUUGGCCUGGCACACACACCAACUCUCCCCAUCGAGAUACAUGGACUACUCGCGCAUCCAAUCCAAACGCUACGUCACGGAAACCUUCAUUGACCACGACGACAAAGUCGACGAAGCGAAACUGUCCGAGGCAUUCCACUGGACCAGCAACAUGUACCGCAAAGUCACCAACGGUGAGAUAUACAGCGAAUGCACAUGCUGGUACUGCGAGGCCACACGCGAGGCCACCAUCUACCAAAACCCGCUUGGAUUCGCCUCAUCCUCGACCAGACGCGCCCGCUUAAUCGCCGAGAACCUGCACGACGACCCGACUAUUUCCUCGGAUCCGAACAAAAACCCGCAUAUCUCCGCGCACAACGCCGUGAAUAUCCAAGGCACGGAUCCGCGCUACCAAGGCGCGGCGAGGAUCAGGGAACUGCGGCUGCGGAGCAACGGCGAGAAGGCCCGGCGGAGAGAAGAGAAGCGCCGCGCGAAAGCAGGUGCGAAUAACGACAGGUCCAGGUCCAAUAAUAAUUCGAAUAAUGAUGCGUACUACUACUAUCCGAUGGUCUGGGGCUAUCCAUACUAUUAUCCGGGCUAUGCGCCGUAUAUGUGCGAUCCCGGUAUUAGCGGCGGGGCGUAUCCAUGUAAUCCGGCAUGCAUGAAUGUCGGAGCGGGAGCUUAUGGCAAUUGUGCUGCAGGCUCUUGUGGAGGCGCUGUUGCAGCUGGUUCGUGUGGUGGAGCUGGAAGUGGAGGGGGAGCUUGUGGUGGGGGAGGCGGAGGCUGUGCCGGCGGAGCAGCUGGUGGUGGAUGCGGAGGCGGCGGUGGCGGAGGCGGAGGCUGUGGAGGAGGAGGAGGAGGAGGUGGUGGUGGUUGCGGAGGGGGCGGCGGAGGAGGUUGUUGA